CAGUAGAUAAGAAUGUAGCCAUCACUGCAGGAUCAGGAGUACAGUUAAGGCUUCCUAGAUUUUGAAGUGGUACCACUGCUCUCUGAAUUUUCUUUCCUCUUACUGAUAGGCAAGCAGCAAACCCCCUCCUUAAAUUAUUCCAUCUCUACAACCUGGGAAGCCUCUUAAAUGUGCUGUAGAGCAUCUAACUGAGCUGGUGCUGAAAUCACUCUUAAUUUUAUUUAAAUGGAAACAGUUGCUCAUGUAUUGCCUUUAUGUGCUUUCUACUUUGCAGAAAAUGGGAACAAGAGACUGGAAGAGGAGACAUCAGAGUACAGAGUUACUUUGUUUUCUGGGGAGCCCAAGCGAAGGGACAAGUGUACUGACACAGAGGAAGACCAGAUCCUUGAAGAACCUGAUAUUCAAUAUAGCUCCAGAGUAACUCAACACCCAUCAACCACCAGUUCCAUUGCAGGAAGCGAUUCCACCCCUGGAUCUGAUGCAGCUUCAUCCCCCGAGGAAGCUGAACUGGUGUACAUCCCUGCUGAGCCUGCACAGCUCGCUGCCCAUAUGCUAGGUAACAGUGAUUCUGUAUAUUCUUUGAGGGAUGUGUCAACCAGCGUGCAGACUUUUCACAAAGACUCUCAGACCUCAGAGAAUGAAUUUACACCUUCAGAAGGUGCUGCUGAAGAUGCUUCUGCUGCCCCAGCAGCUGAGACUCCCGUAGAGGCUGUUAGGUCACAAUCAGGAGUGUGGAGUCAGUCCUCCACAGCUGGAGAACUAGGGCCCUCAGGCAGCCAGGCUGAUGUCUCAACAAAUGAUGUAAAUCAAGAUUCUUCCUCGGUCUCCUUGUGGGAAGAACCAUCACCAUCAGCUCUUUCACCACCACCAUCACCUGCUCCUGAAGAUCCAUUGCAGGCUCUGCCUUCCUGCAACAAAGCUGAGGUUACCUCAACCGCUGAGGUUGUAUCACUGUGCUGGGAUGAUAAGCUGAUUAUGGAGGCAGAGGUUCCACCUUAUAUAGAGCAGUUUCCACAGAAAAUAAUAAUUCCCUUCAUAGACCAAACAGCUUAUCUGUUAAAGAUCAAGCAGCCUAUAGAUGCAGGCCCAAGUGAUACAACCUUAUGUCCAUCUGAUGAUGAUUUAGUGUACCAUCCUGAGAGAACGGAAUCUACAGCACGCAUGGAAUCAGCUGAGCAAGUGUAUGUCUUGUCAGCCAUGGCAUCAAGUGAAGCAGGACGGCUACAACCACAUACUAAUGUGUGGACCCUCUAUUGCCUAACUGACUUGAGACAAGGUCAAAAAUCACCACGUUCCCUUCCUCCUGCUGGAGCUGGUGGUCCUUGCUCCCAGGCAACCCUCAGUCUUUCUGGGGGGGAAGAUCAACAGUGGGGUCAGCUGUCUCAAGUAUCUGCUCCAAUUUAUGUGAUGCAAGAAGGAAGCAAGAGGGAAAAUGCUCCACCUUUCAUUUUAGUGGGCUCUAAUGUUCAGAACGCAGAGGACUGGAAACCUAUUCCUAGUCACGCUGUGUUUGCACAGCGAGAGGCAGGUGUUGGGAGGAGAUUCACUACAGUCCCAGUCCCAGUCGCCAGGCCAGCUGCUGAGGAAACAGCUAUGGCAAGCUGCAAUUCUCAUUCUGCAGAGGAAACCGGGGCUAGGCCCCCUAUACCCAGUGUUUUCUCAGUUGCCAUCCUUCUGGAUGAUGUGAAGUCUGCAGAGAAAGGCUCACAAGCUGGUGGUAAGCACACAGGUGUAAAUGCUCUCACAGGACCCACCACCACUGCGUCAGGCCCCAUUCCCAGAGCAGGGUCUUGAAGAGCUAAGCUUGCUUCUUGCAUGGCUCUUGCACAGCGAGAGGCUACUCUUUGGAUUUUACUACUAAAAGCUUAAUGUAACCCUUUUCAAAAGACAAUAGGGUCUAAGACCAGUGGUUAACUACUUGUUACGUAUGCAUAACAGACCCAGUGCCACCUUCUGCUUGUUAUACCUUGCAAUUUGUGAUAUUACUCUUGCUCUGGUUUUAGUCUAAAGUAACCAAGGUUUUUCAUCUUGCAUUUAUACACAUCUUUAUGCCUGCAGCCUGAACUUUCAGCAGUUGUGUAAUACUCAGAAUGUGGCAAAACACCCUCACCUUGAAGUGCAAUUGAAGUGCUUGCUGCACACUUUCUACUGUGUUAAUGUUAAUUUUUAAACAGGUUGAGAAGAGAGGCCACGUGGACUUCAGGAAGAGGAGUUUACAUUGUAAUAAAUCAAAUAAUGCAAAUGCUCAAAAAAAGCCAGCAAUCAGAACUGCACGUCCAUGCAUUUCGUAAUUUCCUAGCACAGCACAUCAUCCUGACUGUUAACUUUGUAUGAGUUAUGACCACUGAGACACUUGUGCUGCAGCUGUUUCAGUGAAGGGCGGCCCAGCUUCCUGAGUGUGUGAACACGGUCUCUGACAGAUCACAUACAGACCCAAAGUUAGUUCAGUGCAACCAGGUGUAAUCUAUACUGCUGGGGUUAUACUCCAGGAAGGAACUGUGUACAAGCGAGAGCAAGGAGCAAGACAGUCCUACUUUCAACUAGAGGAAGGAAUUAUUCUCCCACAUGGUCAAUUCACUUGAACUACAGGUUUAUCAAGGACCCUUGAGGCUAUGCUGCCACGAAGGGGGUUAAGAAAAAGUACCUUUAUUUUGCCUUAGAGGUUUCACAACUCCAGCUACGGUCACUUCAAUAUGCCAGACUCUUAAAAGUAUGAAUAGGUCUAGAAAAAGAAAUAAAUCUGUUCUUACAAAACAGAAGUUGCUCAAAACAAAAGAUACAAAGUUAAUGGUAUAUAGAGGUUUCCCCCUCCUGAAGCUGGGUGGGCAGGCAGGAACUAAUUGCUUUGGUUUUCCUAGUGCUGAAGGUAUAAUGCUGUGUGAUCUGCUGAAGCACUGACCCAACAGCUAGAACUUUAUAUCUCUGAAUCCCACUUGGAGUUGCCCAGGAAUUGAGACAGACUUUAAGAAAUGCUGGCCAGAGUAGAGGCUUGAGGGCAGAGAUAAGGCUUCUAAGAGACAGUGCAAGUAUUCAGUUUCUGCAUCUACAAGCCACUGUGAGAACUGGGCCCUCCCAUGAAAGGCUGCCAAGAAAAGGCUUUCCCUUAUCUAUGCAAAUAAGUCUCAGAGUCCCUACCUGGGUAAUUCUAGUAGUGCACAGAAUAAAAAUAGACAGGAUCUCAUUGACUUAUUCAGGGUUUCAGUAGUCAUGCUCAAGGCUAGAGCUGCAGCCUCACUGCAUAGUCAAGCAGAAAGCUCACACACACACACACACACACACACACACACACACACACGAGCAGACUUUUGGUGCUUAGGGCCGGGAAGC